GCCUGUGAAUGUGACUCACAAUUUCAGGUGGCUCACUGGUGGAGCAAAAUUUGAGUUGCCAGAUUCUGUAGCACGCAGGUGCUCCUUUGAAAGCUGUCUGUUAUCACUGGACGUUAUCUGAGUAGCCAUGUCAGAGAUUAAGUCGUGGUCGUUUUGGAGGGCAGUUCUGGCGGAGUUCUUGGGAAUGAUCAUCUUUAUUUUCAUGGGCCUCUCUGCUGCAGUAGGAGAUCCAAAUGAUUUGAACCUUGAUCGUGAGAUCAAAGUGGCAUUUGCCUUCGGCCUGGCCAUCGCCACGCUAGCCGAGUGCAUAGGUCACAUUAGCGGUGCACACCUGAAUCCUGCCGUCACCCUGGGCCUGGUGACCAGCUGUCGUAUAAGUAUUCUCAGAGCCCUCUUCUACAUGUUGGCUCAGAUGUUGGGGGCAGUGGUUGGCAGUGCCAUUGUGUAUGGUAUCAGGGCAGAACAUAUUGAUUCACUUGGAGUUAAUGAGCUAAAUGGUAUCAGCCCAGCUCAAGGUUUUGGCAUGGAGUUCAUGCUCACUCUGCAGCUGGUUCUGUGCUUGGUGGCACUCCAUGACAAAAGACGUGACAUUGGCGGAUUUGCACCUCUGGCAUAUGGCUUCUCUGUAACGCUUGGACAUCUUGCUGGGAUCUCCUACACGGGAUGUGGGCUCAAUCCAGCUCGAUCCUUUGGACCUGCAGUUAUACAGAAGGCGUUCAAUGAUCACUGGGUGUACUGGGCUGGACCGAUGAGUGCUGGAGUGGUGGCAGCGCUUCUGUAUAAUUAUGUGCUGGCACCCAGUGAUGAGAGCUUCAAAGAAAAAACUAAAAUCUUGCUCUGCUGGGCCCCGGAACAGGAACAGGAACGUGAAACAGAGCCCCUGCUGGAGGAUGUUGUAGAAUAAUCAAAGGAGCCAGUCUGAAAACAAAUUCUGCUAUAUCAAAUAAAAAGAGAAAAGCUA